GCUUGCAGUGUUUUGAUUGAAUGAAUUGGGAGAUGGUGUCCUAGGCGACAGUUAUAUGUACGCAACAAGUCAAUGGCAGCGGAUUGAGUGGAUGGCAGUUUUGGGUGAGUGUGGGCUGGCAUUGGCGUCGCAGAAUGAACUUUUUUUGCUAUAGAGGACGAGUGAGUGAGGCAGUGGUAAAUGGCUUUCUUAAUAAUCGUAUAAUGGCGAUGAAAUUGAAAUCUAGAGUUGCCUAUGCUGCUUCCCGAUAUAGCACUUAUGCAAUUGCAUCAACUCUACUUCCUCGCCAACAAACAAAAUGGGAUUAUUGUUCUUCUUCUUCUUGCAUCAUCGAAGACAAGGACCUUCUCCAAAAGAGCUUGCAUCCCUCAGGAACUGGUCUUCAUGUUCUGGACCUCCUCGAUCAGGGUUCUCUGGAACCCCACCGAGCUCUCUACCAUCUCUUGCUCAAAAAAUGCACCCGAUUGAGAAAGCCUAAACUAGGCAAAAUCGUUCAUGCCCACAUCCUCAACUCCCUCUUCCGCCAUGAUCUCGUCAUCCUCAACUCCCUCCUCAACAUGUACGCCAAGUGUGGCUGCUUGGACGAUGCCCGCAAUCUGUUCGGCCAAAUGCCUGUCAAAGACAUGGUCUCGUGGACUACCUUGAUCACUGCCUAUUCUCAACAUGGUCGCCCUUUCCAUGCUAUCCUUUUGUUUCCUCACAUGCUCUCCCUGGGUUUCUUUCCCAAUCAGUUCACCUUGUCUAGCCUUUUAAAGGCUUCCGCCGCCCUCCCUGACACGCCUCACAUCCACUUCCACGGUACCCAACUACAUGCUUUUUGUUUCAAGUGUGGUUUACACUCCAACGUUUACGUGGGCAGCUCCCUUUUGGACAUGUAUGCUCGCUGUGGUUGCAUGGAUGAAGCCCGCCUCAUCUUUGAUGCUCUCCAUUCCAAGAACGAGGUCUCAUGGAAUGCUUUGAUUGCUGGCCACGCUAGGAAGGGCCAAGCUGACCAUGCACUUUGGCUCUUUCGGAAGAUGCUUAGGCAAGAUUUUCAACCUACUCAUUUCACCUUUUGCAGCAUUUUGGGUGCCUGUGCCUCCACGGGAUCUCUGGAACAAGGCAAAUGGGUUCAUGCCCACGUGAUAAAAUCCGGGGGAGAGAUCGUUGCUUUUAUGGGGAACACCCUUCUCCACAUGUAUGCAAAAUCUGGUAGCAUCCAAGAUGCUAAAAUGAUUUUUGAUAGGUUGGUAAAAAGUGAUGUGGUCUCUUGGAAUUCCAUGCUCACUGCAUAUGCUCAGCAUGGGCUUGGCAAGGAAGCGGUGCAAUGGUUUCAAGAAAUGCUGAGGAUUGGAGUUGGGCCUAAUGACAUAACAUUUCUCUGCCUUCUUACUGCUUGUAGUCGGGCUGGACUCUUGGACCAAGGACAAUACUAUUUCAAGUUGAUGAGUAAUUACAACAUUGAACCACAGAUUUCACAUUAUGUUACCAUUGUUGAUCUCUUUGGUCGAGCUGGUCUUCUUGACAAAGCCGAAAGGUUUAUAAGAGAAAUGCCGAUCAAACCCACUGCAGCUGUUUGGGGAGCAUUGCUUGGCGCAUGUAGGAUGCAUAAGAAUAUGGAGUUGGGCACUUACGCUGCUGAACGUGUUUUUGAGCUUGAUCCUCACGAUUCAGGACCCCUUGUCUUGCUCUCUAAUAUUUAUGCCUCUGCCGGUAGAUGGAGUGAUGCCGCUAAAGUGAGAAAAAUGAUGAAAGAGAGCGGGGUAAAGAAGGAGCCUGCUUGUAGUUGGGUGGAAAUUGAGAAUACAGUCCAUGUGUUUGUGGCAAAUGAUGAUGCCCAUCCACAGAUGGAGGAAAUCCAUAAGAUGUGGGAGGAGAUUAGCGCAAGGAUCAAGGAAAUCGGAUAUGUCCCAGACAUUAGCCAUGUGCUUUUCUACAUGGACCAGCAGGAGAGGGAAAUAAAGUUGCAGUACCAUAGCGAGAAACUUGCGUUGGCAUUUGCACUUCUCAACUCUUCUCCUGGAUCCACAAUUCGUAUCAAGAAGAAUAUCAGAGUUUGUGGUGACUGCCAUUCAGCAAUUAAAUUUGUGUCGCAAGUGGUGAGAAGGGAAAUCAUUGUAAGAGAUACCAAUCGGUUCCAUCAUUUCCGUGGUGGCUCUUGUUCUUGUGGGGACUACUGGUAAUGCCUGUUGUGGUUACGAACCAAGAAUGCUUGUUGAUACGCUUAGUUUACAGAAUGUGGACAACACGUUGGCCUCCUGUUUUGAAAUGAAAGUUAGUUGUUAAGCAAGUCCUGUCCUGAGAUGGCGGUGAUUAUAGGAUGCAAAGUUGAGGACAAAAUAGUGUCCUGUAGACCAUAAAAUGAGAUGACAAGGUACAGUGAAAUCUCACAUGAUCCCUGGUCUCUCUGGUAAAGAUAUAGUUAAUUGCUGAAAGCUGAAUCAUGUUUGCUUGCAAAUGUGGAAACCCAGGAAAAUCAUGUGAAACGUUGUAUAUUUUGGAGAAAGUAUGGUCCGUGGCAUUGAAUGUAAACCAUUUACCGUACGGGGUGAUGUUUUUGAAUACCAUAUCUGGACUGGAGUAUUACAUCUGUAUUACUGAUAAGCGGUAAAGUGUGCUCUGCUGGGAUGGAAGGACAGAUAAGG